AUGUAGACCACGGCCUCUGCCUUUGAAAGAUGCUAUUUUAGCUUGUCGUUUUUCACGUAUACAAACUGCAAUUAAAUUUUAAAAUUUUUAUUUUUUCUGUCGACGAGAAAAGAAGCAUCCAAAUUGUUAAAGAAUGCAAGAGUUUAUUGAAUUUUUACCCUGGAAUGAAUAUAAUUUUAGUGAAUUAAUGCAUUAAGAUGGUUUAAAACACGACAUUAUCAUCGCUUUUUAUUAUUUUUGAGGUUAAAUUUUUAUACCUGCGAUUUCUCUAUGGCCGUGCAUUUUGAAAGAGGCACAGCACACGUAGAUUGGUGCGAACCAAACUACGCAAUUUCGCCAAAUAUCGCAGAGUUUUUUAACACGAUAAGCAAUGUAAUUUAUUUUGUGAUACCUCCACUGAACAUCUAUUUAUUCUGGGAAUACUCAAGCAAAGUUGGAAGUAGUUUCAACAUUGUUUGGAUUCUCAUGAUGGUCAUUGGAGCAAGUUCGGCAUACUUUCAUGCAACCCUUAGCCUUGUUGGUCAACUCCUUGACGAGGUAGCCAUACUGUGGGUCUUGCUUGCUGGUUACGCUCUGUGGACACCAGAAUGGAUGAUACGCUAUACUGGAAUUUUUAAAUCGAGAAAUGGUUUUAAGAUAGCAGCCCUGGUGGCUGCUGUGAUUGCAACUUUACUUGGGUUUGUCUACCCAGCUGCAAACGCCAUCGCCCUGAUGAUGCUUGGAGCUCCUGGUGUACCAAUCUUGUGGAAGGAAAUCCAGAGAUGCAAAAGUACCAAGGUAGUCAAGCUUGCAUAUAUUGGCAUCUUAUGGUGGUUCUUGGCUGUAUCAUUAUGGUUAAGUGACCGUCUGUUGUGCGACAUCUGGAAGUAUCUAUCAUUUCCAUACUUUCAUUGUGGUUGGCACGUCUUUAUCCUACUUGGUUCAAACAUUGGUUGCGUAUUGGGGUGUUAUUUUUACGCACAUUCUGAACACAGAGAGCUUAAAUCUGAACUGAGUUUUUGGCCAGUGAUGCUGGGAACCUGGGGCUUGCCUUACAUUGCAGUUCAAAAAAAACCUUUGCAAAAACAAACUUGAAUAUAUUGAUAGACUUUCCUUGUACAGUUAAUGUAUAUUAUAGAUUAGGCAUGGGUUAGAGAUAUGUACAUUUAGCAGACUUUUUUAAAAAUAAAGAUUAGAGAGAUACUAUGUAAUAAAGAUGUCAGUAUUAGAGAGAGAUGUCUGUAUUGGAGAGAGAUGUCUGUAUUAGAGAGAUGUCUGUAUUA